GUUUUCUCAACUCUCCUUCCAUAAAUACCUCCCUAAUCCUCCAAUUUUUUUCUUCAUCAUAUCCCAAACAUUACACUACACUUCAUUCUCAAAAGUAAACUUCCUACAUCUCUCUUUCUCAAAACCAAAAAAAUAUGGGUCUAAAGAAAACAACAAGCAGCAGCUGCAAACACAACACUCAGACAGCAGCUUUGAAACAAAUGAUCAAAAGAUGUUCUAGCUUUGGAAAAAAUGAGAAUGGGUUCCCACAUGAUGUCCCAAAAGGACAUUUUGUUGUCUAUGUGGGAGAAAAUAGAAGCAGAUACAUAAUUCCUAUUUCUUGGUUGACAUAUCCAGAAUUCCAAAAUUUGCUUCGAAGAGCUGAAGAAGAAUUUGGAUUUAGUCAUGAUAUGGGCAUUACUAUUCCUUGUGAUGAACAUGACUUCUGCUCCCUUAUUUCCAUGUUCAGAUGAAAAAAAAUGUUCCAUCUUUUUUUUUUUCCCUCUCUCUAUUAUAUGAUGAGAGAGUUAGGUUAUUAAUUAAGUAAAUAGUU